AUGGCAUCAAAAAUCUGCACAAUAAGGCAAAUUAUUAUCCAAAUUGGUGAGUUGGAAUUACUCGAUAUAUAUCGAGGAAAAUACUCGAUAAAUACCAAUAAGACAGUGUUGUUUUAUAUGCCUCACUGUUUGAAACAGUUAACAAAUAACUUACUUUGGGCUAACUGGGGUCUAAACCUAGGUCAUUGCGUUGUUGUGUCAAACAGUUUUCACAAGAUUAUAGAAUCGAAUUCAACUAGACAUGUGGUCGAGUGUGCAAAUUAUAUAACUAAAAUUUUACCCUACGUUUUUGAAGUUGCUAUCAUAAAUACGUUUAAGUAUUAUGAAGUAUUCAGCGACAUGGCUGUGCAUGUUUUUCCUAAAAUGAAUUUAGUUUGUCCAGAUGCAUGGGAAAAUCAUCAAGAACCUAGUUAUAAACAGAAUGAUGUAGAAUUCGUUUCAAAAACUGUUAAUAGCUUAUAAAUUUUUAAGACUUAGAUGUAGAUAUUUAAGACUGUUUUAAUAAAUAUGAUUUAAUGAA